AUGUCUAUUUUGCCCCCUGCUCUACUCGCUUUACACCUGUGCCUGGGUGGCUCCAACAUCAUGUACAAGUUUGUUGACGAAACCACUGUUGUGGGCUGUAUCAAAGGGGUUGAUGAACUAUCAUACAGGAGGGAGGUUGAAAACUUGGCUGAGUGGUGCAGCAGGUUGUAUUUGGAAGACAUGCUGGAUCCCUUCCAGGUCACUGUGCACAUCAUCACUGACCCAGGCGGUGCAGCAGCCCUGCAGAGUGCUGUUGACAGCCUAGUAACGUGGAUUAACCCUGGCCUACAGCUCUUCGUUGCCUCUGAGCGUGGCUCCUCGCUGCUGCCAAGGGGCGGGACUGGCAUGGACCAACCAGCGCUGGCUGUGAUCGUCUUUGUCCAUGAGGAGCGUGGAGAGCAAGUCUGGCGGCUGCACAAGUGCUUCCUGAGCCCUCCCUGGAAGUACCAUCACACGGAGCGCAUCAAGGACAGGACCCUCCCUUGCAUGCCCAGCAACCAGGACUUUUUCACCCUGGCUGACCACCCCAUCCUCUGGGCCACCAGGCAGGUGCACUAUGAGAAAGAAGUCGUCCGCCUCUCCCUUUACUGCAGCUUCGACAACUUUGCCGACACAGUCAGGAUGUACCAGCUGAUCUUGAGGCGCAAAGUAUCGAAGCGCAGGACGGACGCUACGUUGUUCACCGUCUAUUCCAGCUCGGAUGUUGAGAUUCAGCUGUCGCUGAAGAGACUGCCGAAGGGACGGUGCCCCGUUUCCAGACAGUCAGCUGUGCUGGAGUUCAGAGUUGAUGACAUAGGCAGCCUGGUGCCCCUCCUGCCCAACCCCUGCUGCCCAAUCAGUGAGAGACGCUGGCAAACUGAAGACUAUGACGGAAACAAGCUCCUGUUACAGGUGCAGGAUUUAUCUGGAAACUUGUGGAGAGGGCAGGGAGUUCCUCCGCUCGCCAGGGUAAAGAGUGACCGCUUUGCUCCUUCCUGCACACUCCUCUCUCAGUGUGUGGGCUGUACACCUGAGAGACGCUCACAGCGUCAGCCGAUCAACUGCAGGCCCCGUCUGGCAAGGGGGCUCGGCCGCUUCCAGGGGAAGUCCCAAGAAGAUCUCUGGGGUGGUGACCACGGAGACAACAGACAGACCCGUAGCACCUCUGGGUAUCCCCGGGCAGCCCGGCGCAGCAAGUCCCUGUUCUGCCUGCCGACCUUCACUGGGUCCGUUUCCCCUUCAUCUUUCUUGCCGCUGAGCGAGCGCCAUCAGCCAACGGGCGUUGGCUCCGCAGUCACUGCCCUGGACGCGAACAGUGCAGCGGAGAUGGGGGUGGACACAUGUCUGGCCACGAUGGACAGUCGCAGCCAUGGCUUAAAGGCCGCACAUCCUCCCCUGCGGAAAACCAGCAGGAACCCAGAAUCAGAUGCCUUCAGUUGCUUCUCUUUGGCCAGCAAACCCCUUCCUCCCUUCUGCAGAAGGCCCUCUAAUUCCUCCCCUCACUUGCAAGAUUUUCCCCCCUCCGUUCUAAGCCCUCGCACUCCAUCUCUCCGGGCCCCUAUCGUGACUUCUUGGCUCUGCCACAAGGUGAAGCAACCCUCGUCUCCGGUAGCAAACAGUGCAGCUGAGAACAAAGGGUGUCUUCAAAACCAACUGUCAGCCCUUUCCCUCGAUGCAGAGCAAGAGUUUUACAUCUGAGCCACCUUGUGGACCCAGGACACUAUCCUGAUAUCAGCAUGGUGAAUGAGCAGCAGGCAUCAGGUUACCCUGCUCCAGUGCGAUUGAUUUGCAAAUCAAAGCUGAGACAGUCAUUGAGCUAGUCGCUGAUUGCGCAUCGAUCCUUGUACAUAGCAUUUUUAUAGCAAUCUCCUGGUUUAGUUGCAUUAGCAUAUCCAAUCGGUCUACAGUUGCGUAUCACAAGUACAUCCGCCACUAUCGUUUCUACCCAUUGACUUAAUCCUGUUCUAAUCUACAUCUCUUAGCUACCUCUCAUUAACCCACCAUUGUCUUCUACAUUCUUAAGAUUUCAUUCUCCUACUAAAUUGGGUACGUGCAUAGCAAAUAGCAAGUUAAAAGCUGACUACAUAGUUUUGGUUACACAGCAAACAAUGCAACUUUUAUACUCCAAUAAUAUCCCUUGUUUACCAACAAUGUUACGUGGGGCGCAGCCUCCGGUAUCCUGUACCAUUUUUCUAAAAAGGUGUUCUACCUAACUUGUAAAGCUGCCCCUUGCUUUCCAAUGAUCACAGCCUCCCCUUCCAGGUGCUGUUGGGUACAUGCCUCCAGGUGCCAUCUCUCCUCUAACUCCCUGUUCUGAGUCUCGUCAAAAAUCACUGUACAAUGUAGAUCAGAUCUGGGCAUUACAGCCCUGGGUAAUAUAGCCUGCACGCCCUUUUUCCAUUUUUCCCAGGUUUCCUGAAUCUGAUCUGCGAUGUCUCCUAUCCAAAAGACAUUAGCCUUCUUGUCUUCUCGCACUAUCAAUUGAGCCCCUGCUCUUUCCACACUCAGCCCAUUUCUGGUGCAUUCUAAUUUUAAUUCCAGUUUCAAUAAGGCAUCUCUGCUUAACAAAUUAAUUGGAGUUCCUUUAAAUACUAGCACCGGCAAAACAAUUCCUUUAUUUCCCAUUCUCAACCGCACUGGAGUCGUGCACUGUGUCAACUGUGUUUUCCCCGAGAACCCUACCGUCUUAAUAAACUCUCCUGACAUGGGAAGGUGAAGGGCAUACUGUGGCUGUACACAAGUGUAUGUGGCUCCAGUAUCUAUCAUCAUUGGUGUCAGUUGCCCUUCUAACAUAACCUGAACAAUGGGUUCCUCGUCUGCCUCUCUUGUUAUCAUUGGGUAAUGCCCCUUCCCACUCAAGUUCUCGGGGCACCCCUAAUACCUUGCAGAGGGGUUCACAGGUCCACUUGGGCCUGUGGGGGCUGGUCCUUGGCAAAACUUUAGUUCCCUUCUUAUCAGUUCCUGCUGGUGUGUGACAGGCCAUGGUGUAAACGGACAAUCUCUUCUCAUGUGACCUGGCUGAUUACAUCCCCAGCACAGUCUCUCUACCUCUCUUUCCCCCUGUUUCCUCACUGGUCCCCUCUGCCCAUAGCUCCUCUGUCCCCUUCCUUGGGACUUCCAGUCCUGUCUGGGCUGUUUGAAUUUAGUCUGUUUAUUUCUAUGGUAUAACCGAUACUCCUCAUACUCCUUUUCCUCUCUCAAGUAUUUCCUCCGUUCAAUCUCUUCUUUCAUUUCUCUCUUUGCCCGUUCCACCUUUAUCCUUUCUGCCUGUAUCUCCUUCCAUAUCACCGCUUUGUCCUUCUCGUAUUGUCUUUUUUCCUCCUCAUUAUCCCAAACUUGUACUUCUCCCUGCAUGUUUACUGUUUCCGUCAGCAGGGGGCACUGCUUAGGGGUUCCUUCCUCAUUAUAGGGAGGGGGCUUUUCUGUUUCUUUCACAUCCGGGUACGGAGCUGAAGCCAGUUUCUCACUGUACCCUCCUCUCUCUCUAACAGGCUGUUUCUCCAGCACCUUAGUGUCUUCCUCACUUGUAAUCAAUAUUCUACCUGUCCUCCUCAGCCUUUCCCCCUCCGUUCUGAAGAGUUUUAGCACUUCUCGUUUUUCUCCAUUUCUCGUUCUCUUUCUUGCCCUCUUUUCUUAGAUUUAUCUUUUGGUUUGUAAUUUUUAAUUAGUGCCUCCAUUUCAUCGCACAAGCUUCCAUCAAACAUUCCUUCUCUUGGCUAUUUUGUGACCAGGUUUUGGGUUCUCUUUUCCCAUUUUUCUGAAGUUUUUGUGAUCUCAUAUCUAUUUACUGGGAUUUUUUUGCUCAGAAUCUCUACUGCCAUUCCUUUACCUGUCAUGUUUUUCUCUCUUUUUAAGGUAUUUCAUAGAUGCACAGUUCAUUUACUGGAUAAUAUUAUUUACUCUAAUUCUAUGCCUAGUCUAUCAUCUAUCUACCAGCGCUUUAAACUAUAUAUUGGACUGUCCUUGUUUCCGAUUCUGUUCUGCCCGAAUAGACAUCUAUUCAGGGUGGUAUCCACAGAACUUUCUCUUUGCACCUCGUCUAUUCAGACCCUUAUCACUUACGGCAGUAUCCACGAGGAUUUUCUCAGAUUGGGUGCAGGUUAUUCUCGAGAUGGAGGGCAAGAAUCCAGAUGUUGUGGUCCAUGUAGGGACCAAUGACGUGGGUAGGAUGAGUGAGGGGGUCCUGCGUAGUGAGUUCAGGGAGUUAGGUGCAAAGCUGAAGAGCAGGACCUCCAGGGUAACAAUCUCAGGAUUGCUACCUGUGCCACGUGCGAGUGAGGCAAGGAACAGAAGGAUUAUACAGAUUAAUACGUGGCUGAGAGGAUGGUGCAGGAGGGAGGGCUUCUGGUUUGUAGAUAAUUGGGCUUUGUUCCAGGGAAGGUGGGAUCUGUUCCGAAGGGACGGUUUACACCUGAACUGGAGUGGUACUUCUAGUGCUUCUUUGUGGGGGGGGGUUAACUAAAUUUGCAGGCGGCGGGGAUCCAGAGUGUGAGGGAGGAUAGCGAGAUGAAGAAUAAAGGACAGGUGGGGACUACACAGUUCCGGAAUAUUAAGUGUGUAGUAGAGAAAGGUGAGGCGGAACAAGUGAUAAGGAAGACACAUGUACAGAGGGAUGGUCUGACGGAACAUGGAGUUAAAUGUGUUGAAAGAAUAAGUAAAUUUAGAAAGGACAACAAAACUCUAGGGGCGUAUAGCCCGAUGGGAGUUCGGGGAGCUGGGUUAAGCACAACAGGCAGCGAUUCAAACAGAGAGAGGAGAAAUGGGCUAAAAAUUCUAUAUCUGAAUGCAUGAAGUGUCAGAAAUAAGGCGGAUGAGCUUGAAGCCCAGGUGCAAAUGGGUAACUAUGAAUUUGUUGGGAUAACGGAGACAUGGCUGCAGGGAGAUCAGACCUGGGAAAUGAAUGUACAAGGGUAUACAAGCUAUCACAGGGACAGAAAUGUGGGCAGAGGGGGUGAGGUGGCCCUGUUGGUGAGGAAUGAGAUUCAGUCCUUUGCAAGAGGGAAAAAGGGUCAGGAGAAGUAGAGUCUGUGUGGAUAGAACUGAGGAACAGUAAGGGCAAAAGGACUCAAAUGGGUGUUGUCUACAGGCCACCAAACAGUAGCAUGGAUAUUGGGUGCAAGUUGAAUAGGGAGUUAACAUUGGCAUGUGACAGAGGUAAUGUCGCAGUAGUUAUGGGGGAUUUCAACAUGCAGGUGAACUGGAAGAAUCAGGUUGUUGCUGGACCACAGGAUAGGGAGUUUGUAGAGUGCCUACGGGAUGCAUUCUUGGAACAGCUUGUACGAGAGCCGACCAGGGACAAGACUAUUCUGGAUUUAGUGUUGUGUAAUGAACAGGAUUUGAUAAGCGAUCUCGCAGUAAAGGAGCCAUUAAGAGGUAGUGAUCAUAAUAUGAUCAGCUUUUAUCUGCAAUUUGAGAAGGACAAGGGCAGCUCGGAGGUGUCAGUGCUGCAGAUGAACAGCGGAAACUAUGGAGUCAUGAGGGAGGAGCUGGCCAAAGUUGACUGGACAGAUAGCCUAGCACGGGGGUCGGCAACCCGCGGCUCCGGAGCCACAUGUGGCUCUUUUACGUCUGUGCUGCGGCUCCCUGUUGCUUUGGGAAAUAAUUGGUUGUGGCGACCCUUUUCCUGGCACAUCCGAACCGACUCACAAUUAGAUAGCCUACGGGGGUUUGCGAGCACAGAGCUUUGGAGCCUCUGCGCCAUGGGGGGGGGGGGGGGCAGGUUGAGGGAGGCUUAAAAGUGAGGCUGAAGAUUUCGAAUAAAGUUUUUUCCUUCGACUGCAGUUACCGACUCCGUGUCAUAAUUUUAGCGCUGCGUGUAGCACACCGCUACAUGGUCAGUAUUUAAUUAAAAUGUAUUUUAUGUUAGUUUGUUAGUUUUUGAAAUGUAAAUCUAAAUUUGAAGAUUAUGGUGAUCUUGUACAAUCUAAAUAAGACGUCGUGGCGACCCAUUUCCUGACACAUCCGAACCGGCUCACAAUUAGCCAGCGUUCAGGCUAAGGGAGAUAGCCUACGGGGGUUUGUGAGUACGUGUCUUUUGCAGCAUCCGCGCCCAUGGGGGGCGGGUUGAGGGAGGCUUAAAAGCAAGGCUGUUUAGUUCGAAUAAAGCUAUCUUUGACUGCAGUUUACUGACUGCGUGUAGCACACCGCUACAACGUGUUUUUAUCGCUGGCUGUCCAGAGGGGAGGUGCUGAAACGCUUUGUCGCGUGUCUGGAAGAAGUGAAAACUUUCCUGGGCAGCAAAGGGCUUACCUUUCCUGAGCUGGAACAGCCAGAGUGGCUGGAAAAGCUACACUUCAUGGUAGACAUGACAGCGCACCUGAACACGCUGAACACAGCUCUUCAACGGGGUAAGGACGUACAGCCCUGCACAUGUUGGAGGAUGUUUUGGCA